AUGAGCAUGAUGGGAGAGCUAACUUUAUUUCUUGGACCGCAAAUCAAACAAUCUCCCAAUGGUAUUUUUAUUAGCCAAACCAAGUACACCAAGGAACUUAUAAAGAAGUUUGGUAUGGAGAAUGCAAAGUCCAUGGGAACUCCAAUGAGUCCAACAACUAUGCUUGAAGAAGACAAGAAUGGAAAAAGUAUGGAUGAAACUAUGUAUAGAGUAAUGAUUGGAUCUUUGUUAUAUCUCACUGCUAAUCGACUAUAUACAAUGUUCAGUGUAUGUAAAUGUGCAAGGUUUCAGUCAGCUCCAAAAGAAUCCCAUCUUACUGCAGUUAAACACAUUAUUAGAUAUCUUAUUGGAGCCACUGAAUUAGGAUUACGGUAUGCUCAUUCUAAUAAUUUUGUUUUAAAAAGUUUUUCAGAUGCAGAUUUUGCAGGUGAUAGGAUUGACAGAUAA